UCAGUAAACCGAUGACAUUUGGGUAGCCAGAAAUGCCAGUAGUGCACAGGCGAAUUAAUGAGGUUGAUAUGCCCAAGAAGCAGGAUCCUGUGGCAGCCUCUCCGGAGCGGUAUUGCAUUUGUCGGAGCAGUCGAGCGGAUGGCUUUAUGAUCUGCUGUGACAAAUGUAACGUGUGGUUUCACGGCGAUUGCAUCAGCCUGGAAGAGGACGUUGGUCUUCAGUACGAUGUCUACUACUGUGACAAGUGCCGGCUGAUGAAUCGGCGACUAAAAUGCACCUACAAGUCUCAGCCAACCACAAAGACCACGGAACCAGAACCAGCUGCUUCUAAGGCGGCCCAGCCGGAUGCCUCUAAACCAAGUUCCUUGUUGACUCGGAGAAAGUCUCUCAGUGCUUUGAGGUGCGUUAGGGAAGGGGCGACCGGUGCGGCUGAUCCGGUGAAGUUAAGGGCGGGGUUCCUGGAUAAUUCGCCAAAAGACCGUAAGAAUGACGAAAAGGCAGCGCCCGUUCCCUCAAAGUCCGUCGAAUCGAAGGCAUCUCAGUGCAAUUUGAACCCAAAUCCAACGGAAAGAACUGCCGGCAAUCCGAGUCUGCCGUCAAGCACUCGAAGCAUGAAGCGGCGCAUUUGUAGGACGAACCGCUGCGAUGAUACUGCUCGGCCGGACUCUAGGUACUGCUCAGAUGAGUGCGGCAGUAUCAACGCAUGGUCCAGAAUCUUCGCGGCGAUGCCAUUUAUGUUUCCGACCUGGGGACUGAGCAGCGACAGGGCCAGAGCCGAUGCCAUGAUGCAGGCACUAGUUAAAGGCCAACCCUGUGGAGUGCUGGAACCCGAAUCCGAAAAUGAGGCAGAAUCAGAAAAAAGUUCACAGCUAGCUGCGUCGGAAAAGAAAAUCGUUAAUGGAGCAACCAACAAAAAUUUUGAAAGGGUGCUCGAAACCGAAGAAAACACUCCCAGUUCUCAUAAAAUCAACAAAAAAUCGUCAGCAAAAGAACGUUACUUUAGAUCAAGGUCUAGAUCACCCCAUUUAUCUGAAAAAAGUGACAGGGAUAAGGGUCCCUCCAGGCCGCACACACCUAAGAAGGUUUCAUCUCUGACAAAGACCCAGACAAGGGAUAAGAAUUUCAAGACUCCUUGUUCCUCGCCAAAAUCCGUGAGUACACCCCGUCGCGAAUCGAAAGAUCAUGCGAAUCAAUCGGCUAGGAUGGAAGUACAAAAGUGUGGAGCUCCUCCCAAAAACACCAGUCAGCAAAAAACUCAAGCUGAACCGAAUACACUUGAAACUUCCGACACCAAAGCCGCCUUACCGAGGAAAGUAAAUCCAUCCAAAAUGAAAUCAAAUUACGACACUCGAAACAAGAGAAACUUCAUCGGUCGGUCCAAUUUGUGCUUCAACAAAGAACUCAUUAAAGAUCCGAUACUAUGUGACCCAAAGGAGAGCAGACAAAACAAACUGAAGGCUUUGAGCCAAAUAGUCUCCAAGCUGCUGCCUGAGCAGAAGGACUACCUGGUGAAGAGGAGAAAAGCCAUGGAAGCCCAAAGAGUCUCAACAAAGGAGACUGUAAACGAGCAGCGAGCCUGCAAAGCAACGAGUUUGAAGGAUUGAUGCGCACCAACAUUUCCAUUGUAUAUAUUUUGUACAAA